AUGAAUCUCUCCGCAAUACCCCCGACCCCUUUCUUUCCUCCCGACUUCAACGAGCCCAACAUCCCAAUUCCACUAAUAGUCCUGCUCCUAGUAGCCAUUUUCGCUGUCGUCAUUGCCAUCGUUUAUUAUAUCUACCGAGAAUAUUAUACCUAUCAACCACUAGAUGAGCAGCAAGAAAUUGAUUGUGGAGUUGAUCCUCAUUUACGUGACAACAUGCCUAGCUUCAUCUACCAUCCUGGCGUCAGUGGCAUGGUUCCCUUCGAAGAAAGAAAGUGUGCAUGGUGCCAAGAAGAGUUCACUUGUGGAGACCAACUCUCAUCCUUACCAUCUUGUGGCCAUGUGUUCCACUCCGACUGCAUAGGUGAGUACAUGCUUCGCAGGAAUACCUGUCCUGUUUGCCGUCAGCCUAUCGCCCUUCCAGAGGUCCAAGAUUGA